AAUUUGUUUAACUAGGUAGAACCCAAUAGAACCACCUUCUAGACUUCGAAGCGCGAUAACUUCUGUUUCUGCAUACCCCAGCUCGGUUGUUGUAUCAUGGCUGUGUCAGUUGUCGGUUUCGAUAUAGGCUCUUUAACUUCUUACAUUGGUGUUGCUAGAGGUGGUGGAGUCGAAGUGAUUACAAACGAGUAUAGUGAGAGGGCUACACCGUAAGUCUCCUGUGUUGUUGAUCUUUUCAGAACAUGUGUUGCUUUUUCCGGGGAAUUAGUCCUUGUAGGAACAGCUGCCAAGUUACAACAAGUUAUGAAUAUCCAGAAUACUUUUACAAGCUUUACUCGGCUGCUCGGAAAGUGUCUGUCAGACUUCUCAGUUGUGAACGAAAGAAAGUUCAUGACCCAUCAAGUUGAAGCAACUCGUGAUGGUCGCAUUGCACUUUCGGUAAGUCUUUUCAUUUAGCUAUUUUAUUUUGUCGAGGCUUUUCUGAAAGGCCAAAAAACUCCCUUUGCCCCUGAGCAAAUUUUGGCUAUUCAAAUGAAUAAACUUAAGGAAAUUACUGAAACUAGUAUUGGUUCCAAAGUGGUCGAUGUUGUUGUCAAUGUUCCUACUUACUACACGGAUGCCGAACGAAGAUCUGUAUUAGAUGCCACAAAAGUUGCAGGAUUAAACUGUGUGAAGCUAGUGAAUGAUAUAACUGCAAUUGGUACUGCGUACGGGUUUUACCACACUGACUUACCACCAGCUGAUCAACAGCCGAAAAUAGUGGCGUUUGUCAGUGUUGGUUAUAGUACUACGCAAGUUGGUAUUUGCAGUUUCAACACAGGCAAGAUGAAAGUCCUUGCAACUACGUGUGAUGCUUUUCUUGGUGGUCGGGAUUUUGACGAAAGACUUUUCAACAAAUUCGCUAGUGAAUUUCAGCAACAGUACAAGCUGAAGGCAAGUUUGUGUUAGGUUGUUUCACCUUUGCAGGGUUCACUUUCAAUAAAAGCGACUAUAAGGUUGCUUCAAGAAUGUGAAAAGCUCAAGAAGUCAAUGAGUGCUAAUUCCUCGGAGUUACCUAUCAAUGUUGAGUCCCUUGCAGAAGAUCGAGAUUUAGCGAAUAAGAUGAAGCGGACUGAUUUCGAAGAAUUGUGCUCGGAUCUCAUGGAGCGAUUUCAAAUGUUGUUUACAAAAUGUCUUGAUGUGGCUAAGUUAAAGUCGGGAGAUGUACAUUCAGUGGAACUUAUUGGUGGUUGUUCACGUAUACCUAUGAUAAAGAACGUUGUCGCGUCUGUUUUCAAACAAGAAGGCAAGACUAGUUUAAAUGCUGAUGAAGCUGUCGCUCGUGGAUGUGCAUUCCAGGCAGCUAUCUGCUCCCCAGCUUUCAAGGUGAAAGACUUCAAUGUCAUUGAACAAUGUCUGUAUCCUAUUAUAAUACAAUUUGAUCAAGAGGAAGGUAGCGAACAAUGUAUGCAAACUGAAGAAAUUGAUGGUACAUUAACGACACAAGGCAAAAAUAUGUGCAUCGAAGUUUUUCCUUUUCUCCAUCCUAUUCCCUCUUCACGCCAGAUUGUUCUUUUACGACACGGUGUUUUUACUUUAGAAGCUCGGUAUGCGAAUAAAGAUAACUUACCAAACCAAAAUAUUGUCAUUGGGACUUUCAGAAUAGGAGACGCUUCUCAAUUAUUCACAGAGCCUCGUAAAAUCAAGCUUAAAAUGCGUAUGAAUACCCAUGGUAUUUUUAAUAUUUCACAAGCACAAUUAGUAGAAGAGUAUGAAAAGGAAGUUGAAGUUAGUGUUUCCGAGGACAAUCCUGUAGUUGAUGGACCUCCAAACUCUAAACAGGAAGUAACCGCAGCUAACAAUGGAGAUACCGAGAGUCAGAAUCCCCCAGUAGAUACCAACCAAACAAACACGCAAGAUUCUACUUCACCGAAAAAGAAGACAGUAAUGAAAAAGAAGAAAUUCACCAAGUAUCAUGAUUUGACGAUUGAAGUUAGUAAUAUGCAAUUCACUACAAAACAAAUAAAUGAGUUCUGUGAAAUUGGGGCUAAUCUCCUUCAACAGGACAAACUGGAACGAGAACGAGUCAAUUCCAAAAAUGCAGUUGAGGAGUAUGUUUAUGAAAUGCGGUCUAAACUUCAAGGACCAUUAAAUCCGUUCACUUCACCUGCUGAGUCAGAAUCACUACUUCAGUUAUUAGAUAUGACAGAAGAAUGGUUGUAUGGUGACGGUGAGAGCUUAAAACGUCACGUUUAUGUAGAAAAGCUUGCCGAGUUAAGGAGCAAGGGAGAUCCAAUUGUCCAUCGAGCGAACGAACAUCUUAAUCGUCCUUUAGCCGUUGACAAUUUCAAUCGGUCACUUGUGGUGAGUUAUCUCAUUAGCGUGUAUAUGCUACACUAUAAUCCAUUCACUAAACCUGUUAAGUCUAACAUUAUAUGAGUUUGUACUACAGUAUUAGCCAAAUCUAGUUAUCUCAAAAAUAAUGUUCUGAAUUCCAUUCUAUCUGGUUUAAAUGUCUCUGUUGCCUUCACCCUCAAUGCGGUCUAGUCCUUUGGUACCUGUUUCAAUCACUGACUAACAGUAUUUGUCACGUUUGCAUAGGAUUGUGUGAUGACUAAAAUCCCACCAAAUUUGAUGGCUAUGUAAAUUAGUAAUCAAGCACGCUUAUUAUUAAGUCACCCAGAUUCGUUACGACAAUUAUAUAUGCCGAAACCAGUCAGUCAGCAACAACGUAGAACUUCGUACGUACGGACGUACAUCAGUUCAGGUUACCAUACCACAUUGACACAAAGAUACAAUUGUCGAUUCAAAUCCCAUAGUAGUUGAGGUAGUAAAAGUAUAAGCAGUAACCGGAAAGAUUAAGGUUUGAAGAUGUUAUUCAAGAAGUAUAAUCGAGUG